GGAGAGACCAGACUCACCAGUGGCCAGCUGUAUGUCAAUGAGCAGUGACACGUCUAUGGAUCUGCCAUUUGCUUAUUUUAAAUGUGACAGCAAUCCAGGACACAGGCAGAAAACAUCAGACUCUGAAAGGCUGACUUGUGCAUCAUUAAAGAGCAAUGCAUCAAAGGAUCAGGGUGUUGAAUUCAAAGGUCGCGGCACUUCUGGCGACGGGCAAGAGAGAUUGGACCCAGCACUGCCCAGCUGUGUGUCCAUGGGCCGUGACACCGUAAACUACCCCAAUUCUAAACACAGGUUAAUUAGGCAGCCCAGAAUGGUCAGUGGUGUGUCCAUAAGUGAGUGUGAUUUGCCAGAAUCUACAUUUACACAGUGCAGAAUUCAAUUCCAAAUGAAACUAAUGAGAAAAUUUCAGUUUUUACAUGAAGGAAGAGAACCGAAAGGAAGCCCAACACUCCUAAAUGAGAUUUAUACUGAGCUCUACAUCACAGAUGCUAAAGAAAGCACUCAAGAAUGUGAAAUCAGACAGAUUGAAACAGCAGCUAUGAAAGCAGUGACGGAGGACAGACUGUCAAUCAACUGCAAUGACAUUUUCAAGCCGUUACCUGAACAAAAACAUCGUAUCAGAACUGUGCUGACUAAAGGAUUCGCUGGCAUUGGAAAAACGGUGUCUGUGCAGAAGUUCAUUCUGGACUGGACUGAAGGGAAAUCAAAUCCGGAUGUCCACUUCAUAUUUCCACUUCCUUUCAGAGAGCUCAAUUUGAUAAAUGACAAAAACCUCAGUCUUUUAGAUCUUCUACAUGUUUUUUUCCCUGAAACCAAGGAAGUAGAUAUUUUCAGUGAUGAAUAUACAGUGUUAUUUAUCUUUGAUGGUCUAGAUGAGUGCCGUUUUCCCUUAAAUUUUCCCAGCAAUGAGAUUCUACAGGAUUCAACUAAAGUCACAUCAGUAGACAUGCUGCUGACAAACCUGAUUGCUGGAAAUCUGUUUCCCUCUGCUCUCAUCUGGAUCACCUCCAGACCAGCAGCAGUUGAUCUCAUCCCCAGUGAGUGCGUUCAUAGACUGACAGAGGUACGCGGCUUCGAUGACCCUCAGAAGGUUCAAUACUUUAGGAAGAGAAUCAGAGAAGACAAUCUAGCUGAGAAAAUCAUCUCGCACCUAAAGUCAUCGAGGAGUCUCUUCAUCAUGUGCCACAUCCCAGUCUUCUGCUGGAUCUCAGCCGCUGUUCUAGAGAAAAUGUUGAGUCAAGCAGAGAGUGGAGAGAUUCCCAAGACUCUCACUCAAAUGUUCACACACUUCCUGAUCAUUCAGAUCAAAAUCAAAUAUAAGAAGGACUAUGAGAAGACAGAGACAGAUGAAGAGAUGAUCCUCAAACUGGGAAGACUGGCUUUUCAGCAGCUUGUGAAACACAACGCUAUCUUCUAUGAAGAAGAUCUGAGAGAGUGUGGCAUUGACGUGACUGAAGCAUCAGUGUACACUGGGUUGUGCACUCAGAUCUUCAGAGAGGAGUUUGGGCUACAUUCAAGGAAAAUCUAUUGCUUUGUUCACCUCAGCAUUCAGGAACAUCUUGCUGCUAUGUAUGUGCAUCACACUUUCACAACACAGAAUGUUAAUGUGUUUGACCAAAUUACUGAACCAUCUCGUGAAGCAACAUCCAGGCAGAUAUUUGACCUGCAUCAGAGAGCUAUUGAUGAGACCUUACAAAAUAAAAAUACACACCUGGGCCUAUUUCUUCGCUUCCUUCUCGGCUUUUCACUUGAGCCCAAUCAGACUCUUUUAAAGGUUCUUCUGUCACAGACAGAAACCAGGUACCACAAUUUAGAGAAAACGAUUGAAUACAUCAAGAAGAUGAUAGAGCACCAUCCCACUCCAAAUAAAUUCAUCAGUUUGUUCCACUGCCUUAAGGAUCUGGGUGACCGUUCACUUGUGAAACAAAUUGAGUGUUAUCUCAAUCAAAGAGCUCUUACUACAGCCAAAUUAACCCCUUUACAGUGGUCAGCUGUCGUGUUUGUUCUUCUGACUUCAGAGCACUUGGAUGUGUUUGAAUUGAAGGCAUAUGCUUGGAGAACUGGCUGUGCAAAAAUGGUGCAAGUUCUUUCGUAUCUUGUGCCUGUGAUUAAAGCAUACAAAUCAGUACGACUUGCUCAUUGUGAACUGACACCAAAUUGCUGCUGUCCUCUGGCCAAAGCUCUCGCCUCCGAGCCUUCAUGUUUAACGGAAAUGAAUUUGAAUGGUAAUAAAUUGAUGGAUACAGGAGUGAGGUUGCUCUCUGAAGGCCUGGGAAAUUCUAAUUGCAAAUUACAGAUAAUGCGGCUGAAUGGUUGUGGUAUCACAGAUGAAGGUUGUUCUGCUCUGGCUUCAGCUCUCAUAUCAAACCCUUCCCACUUGUUAGAACUGGAUUUGUCAUUUAAUGAACUAGGAGAUAGAGGAAUUAAAUGCCUGUCUGAUGGACUGAAGAAUGCUCUUUGUAAAGUAGAGAAACUAAAGCUGAAGAAAUGUGGUAUAACAGAUGAAGGCUGUGCUGCUCUGGAUUCAGCUCUAAAAUCAAACCCCUCACACCUGAGAGAGCUAGAACUGACUACAAAUAAUGUAGGAGAUUUGGGAGUGAACUGGCUAUCUAUUGCUCUAAAGAAUCCUGAAUGUCUACUGAAAAUUCUGAGGCUGAAGGAUUGUGGUAUCACAGAUGGAGGUUGUGCUGCUCUGGCUUCAGCUCUGAGAUCAAACCCUUCACAUCUGAAACUGCUGGAUCUGUCUGAGAAUAAACUGGGAGACUCUGGAAUUAGGCUUUUUUUUAAAGGUCCAAAGUGUUCUGGUAUUGGUCUUGAACAACUAUGGCUGACUGGUUGUGGUAUUACUCACAAAGGUUGUGAUGCUCUGGCUUCAGCUCUAAAAUCAAACCUCUCGCAGCUGAAAGAGCUUAACCUGGCUAACAAUGUCAUAGGAGACUCGGGGCUGAAGCUGUUGUCUGCUGCACUGGCGGAUCUUCGCUGUAAACUACAGACACUCGGGUUGAAUGAUUGUGGUAUCAAAGAUGAAGGAUGUAGUGCUCUGAUUACUGUCCUGACACUAAACAUCUGGAAAAUAAACUUGAGUAAGCUGCAUCUUUCUGGAAAUGAAAUAGGAAAGUCAACAGAGGAACGGCUAUUAGAACUAAGGAAACAUCCAAAUAAUAAGCUGAAAGUCAAUUUAUCACACAGAUCUGAAUCUUACUUAGAGUAUUGAGAUGUCGGGAGCAACAAUGAUCUUGCUGCACAAUUAAACAUGAAUUACUACUUAUUUGACCCAGUCUGACACUAGAUCCACUUUGCCUUCAUGAAUAAGCUCCAAAUGUUUCAUCAUUUUGUCACUUUCAACAGUCCAUUAUUGAGAAAGUUUUUAAUACUUGCUAGUAACGCAUUUUAAAUAACAUUUUUAUAUACGAAAAAACUAAACAAUAACUUCAUAUAAAACAUUCCUCAAUAGGCCUAAUCUUUGAAAAUGUUUUUACAACUUCAAAACGUGUGUACAGUUCGCUUAUGUCAUUAAUAAAUGUAUUGAAGAGGACUAAUAUAUAGAGUAUUAAUGGUACAAUAAUAGGGUGGGUGCAUGUUUAUAAGCCAAAUAUGAUGGAUGCUCUAAAUACCCUGUCAUUCAAUCUAUGUUUCUAUGUCACAAGGGCAAUGUUUCCUGGAAUGUAGUAUUUUAGUAAGGCUACCUGUUGGUUAAAAAGAAACUAUACUAGAGUAGUUUUUAAUUCUUUUUU